UAUCAAUAUAACUUUUACUGUGUUCCCUUUUGUAGUUCGUGUCGUGUGUAUUGAAAAUGUUACUGUGACAGUGAAAAAUGUAUACGUUGUUGUAUUUUGUUUUAAUUCUGGCUUCGGCUGCAGCCCAAAAUAGUACAUUUGCAUUGAAUAUACUGCACUAUAAUGAUUUUCAUGCUAGAUUCGUAGAAACCAGCCCAAGCGGAACCAUCUGUAAUCCAUCAGUGGCACCAUGUGUUGGAGGUUUCGCUCGCCUCACCACGAUGGUGCGGGACUGCAUAGAGAAGGAACCCUCGUCUUUACUCCUGAAUGGAGGAGAUUCCUUCCAAGGCACCAUCUGGUAUAACCUGUUGAGAUGGAACGUCACUCAGGACUUCAUGAAUAUGCUGCCUCAUGAUGCCCAUGUUUUAGGUAACCACGAAUUCGACAACGGCAUUGAAGGAGUAGUGCCAUAUUUGGAACACCUGAAAUCUUCUGUGGUCACAGCCAACAUAAUAGAUGACGAAGAACCUACCAUCCAGGGGUUGUAUGAACCAAGCAUCGUCAUUGAGAGGAACGGCCGCAGGAUUGGGAUCAUUGGUGUCAUCAUAGCUUCGACAAACGAACUGGCCUCGACUGGUAGACUUCAGUUCACUGAUGAGGUCGAGACUGUCAAGCGAGAAGCUGAAAAACUGAACGAACAAGGAGUGAACAUAAUCAUAGUUUUGUCACAUUGUGGUCUUGAUAUAGACAGAGAAAUAGCACAGCACGCCGGCCCUUACAUCGACAUAAUAGUCGGUGGUCACAGCCACACCUUGCUGUACAAUGGAGACCCGCCAGACACCAGUGGGUUCAUCCCUCAGGAUUCUUACCCGGUGGUCGUGGAGCAAGAAACUAGAUCUGUUUUAAUAGUGCAAGCUGCCGCACACACACUAUACUUGGGCGAGAUAAAAUUGUUCUUCGAUGAUGACGGAAAUCUCCUCGAUUGGGAAGGCAACCCACAUUAUAUCGGACAUGAUAUAGUGCAAGCUCCAGAUGUGCUUGAGAAGAUAAGCUAUUACUUACCCAUGGUGGAAGAGGCAGCUAAUGAAGAGAUUGGCGACUCCAUGGUCCACAUGUCAUCGAGCUGCAGUUGCAAAGAAUGUAACCUGGGAAAUUUUAUUUGCGAUGCUUUCAUGCAUUCAGCUUUAAGCAGAGCUGAAGGGGACAACUGGCAUGACGCUCACUUCUGCGUCACGAACACGGGCGGCAUCCGCGCUGAUAUUGAGCCUGGAAAAAUAACAUUCGAAUCGGUGAUUUUAUCGACUCCGUUUGAGAACAACGUUGAAGUAUUUGAGCUAAGAGGAGAUCACAUCAUCGAGAUGCUAGAGUUUGCAGUGGCCAACGAUCCUUUUAACGGAGCCAGGAUGCUGCAGGUUUCAGGGCUGCGUCCGAUAUUAGACGGCUCUCGCCCUGUAUACAAUAGGGUUGUCAACGUCACCGUGCGCUGCAUCGAGUGUGAAGUGCCUCGCUACGAGCCUCUACAGCUUGACAGGUGGUACAGGGUGGUGUCCCAGACGUUUAUUGCGAACGGCGGCGAUGGAUUUACUAUGAUAUCUGAGAACAGAAGGAACGUCGACGUGCUAGGAGUGGACUAUGACGUGCUCAUGCAGUACAUCAGGCAACAGUCGCCAGUGUUCUCAGAAGUAGAUGGAAGGAUCAGCAUUGAAAACGCUUGCAGCGACUGAAAACUGAAGGAACUUUUUAAAUAAAAUGAUGUUUUAAUUGAC